UUGGCAAAGCGGAAAAGAGAGUGACCGCAAUAACUUGCCAAGAUAAAAUAAAUUGGUUGGUGUUUGGUGACAGCAAUGACAAGCAGGUCCAGUGGCCUUGUUCAGCGCAAGGUUGUAUCAUCACAUGGAGCUGAAGGUGGAAAGGAACACCGAGAGGAUGAUAAUUACCAAGAAGACGAGGAAGAUCACGACUCAAAGGAAACACGUCUCACUUUGCUGGAGGAGGUCUUGUUAUUAGGACUUAAGGACAGAGAGGGUUACACAUCAUUCUGGAAUGACUGCAUAUCGUCAGGACUAAGGGGAUGUAUACUGAUUGAGUUGGCCCUGAGAGGACGAGUAGAGUUAGAAAAAGCUGGAAUGAGGAGACGCAGUCUUUUAAACAGAAAAAUAUUGUGCAAGAAUAAUAAUCCGACUGGUGAUGUCUUAUUAGAUGAAGCACUUCGGCAUGUUAAGGAGACUGAUCCCCCAGAGACUGUUCAAAGCUGGAUUGAAUAUUUAAGUGGUGAAACAUGGAAUCCUUUGAAACUACGAUAUCAACUGCGAAAUGUCCGAGAGAGGCUGGCCAAAAACCUGGUGGAAAAAGGAGUAUGUUCUACGGAAAAACAAAAUUUCCUUCUAUUUGACAUGACCACGCAUCCACUCACAGACUCAGGAGUGAAACAGAAACUCAUAAAGAAGGUCCAGGAUGCUGUCCUCAGUCGCUGGACGAAUGACGCCCACAGAAUGGACCGACGACUUCUUUCUCUCAUCUACCUUGCACAUGCUUCAGACGUUCUUGAAAAUGCAUUUGCACCUUUGUCCGAUGAUGAUUAUGAAAUUGCAAUGAAGCGUGUGCGAGAGCUGCUAGAUUUGGACUUUGAAAAUGAAAGUAUGAAAGAGGGGACCAAUGAGCUUGUGUGGGCUGUGAUUGCAGCCUUUAGUAAAUGACAGCCUUAUAUAUAACACCUAGUGGGAUCACUGUUGCUUUGUUGCAAGUUUGGAGAAUGGAUGUUUCUUUGAUAAAAAUCUGAUACACACUAAUUAUCAAGAGUACUUCAACUUUUUAUCAUGCAUUCAGCAGGUACUUGGCAAUGUGUAUGACAGAUGCCAGAACUUUUGGUUGUUUUAGUUGUGUAGCACUAUAUACUUUUUGCCCAAACUGCCAACAGGAUGAUAAAGACCUAAAAAUUCACAAUCCUUGAAGUCUGUUCGAUAUUGGCCAUUUUCCAAAUGUACCUUAGGGAGGACUGGGGGAAAUAAAUGAUUAAAGAAAGGGGCAGGGAAGCAAUUUGUGUAGUGGUAUACUGCAGGCCUAUUAACAUUUUAAAUGGAUUGCUGUACUUAAUUAAUUUUAACUCCCUAGAUACAUGUAUUAACAAUGAAUUGAUGGUCUCUCCCAGACCAGUAAUCUUUGUUUCUGUCCAUGGGUUUCUAUUUUAUUCUGAUAUCAUAAACUAGAUUUUCACUUUCUUCAUGGAGUUUGAUGUCAUUGUCACAGUGUUUUAAAACAAGAUACACUUACAUAAUAAUUAUUUAUAUAUUUGUAUGUACUGGACAGUAUAGACAUGGGAAAAUUAAUUUCUUUAACAGUGUGUUGCCAUUCACUAACAGCAUAUACUCACAACAUAUAGAUUAUUGGUUCAAAGUUAAAUAUAACGAAAUGUAGAUGUUCCCUGGUAAGCUUAUGGCAGAUACAUUCAUUUUAAUAUAGACCUGUGAAUCAGAAUAGGAAUUUGAAAUCUAUCUUUCAACAGAUACCCAGAGUUUAUGUCUGGUAUUAAUCCUAUGUUAUAUAUUGCACCUGGAAUUUUAAUUCUGAUAUAAACUAUUUCCCAAGGAUCAUAUGUAAAUUUUCUAAUGCAGGUAAUUUUUUUUCGCAUUUCUAGAAAUAAACAGUUCAUGUAUGUAGCAAUACACCUUCAUUAAUUUUGUAUAUAAUGAACAUUCCUGCAUGUCUUUCUGUGUCAAAGCACUCUCCUGUUGAUAGAUUCUUAAUGUAAAUUGCACUAUCAUAACUGUAAUUUCACCUAAAUUAUACAUAUUUGCCAUAGUUUUGUAGAUUUUGGUUCUCGGGAGAUUUAUGUAUGUUUGAUCACUGAUAAUUUUUGUAUAGGAGGAAUAGAAAAGAAAUGACGGCUAUUAUUUCACUCAUACAGUGAUUAACUUUGUACAUUGAGAAUUGGUUGGGUAAUAGUGUAAGAUUUUGUGUUACUUGUGUAUGCAGGAUGGUUUUUGCUUAUACUCCUUUGUGUGCUAUAUGAGAUAUUGUUUUACUAGAUUCUGUUUGUGUAGAUUUCAGGAAAUCAGAAUUUGGAUGUAACAGACUAUAAACAAAUGGAAAGAUAUACAUUUGUCUUGGGAUUCUUUCAACUCGUAAACUGCCUGUGUUGGAUAUAAGGAAAAACCAUCUGUUGCGUAUUGCUUCAAUUUCAGUUUUGCACAGACAUGUAUUUCAACACUGUCUACCCAAACCGCAAGACAAAGCUUAAGAUACUGUAGUUAAAAAGCAUUGAACUUAUUAUUGCAAUUAUUAGCUAAUUGCUUGUCAAUAUUUUAUGUAACAUACAUUUAGAAAGUUUCUGUAAACAUUGGUGAUUUAGUGGGAUGGUUAUCUAUCAAGAAUUCCUCUACAGAUUGAAAUAUAUAUUGAUAUAUAUUUGUUAUAUGGGCCAUGGAGGAGGGCAGAAUGGUAAUUUUUUGUCUCAAAGUGGGUUUUUUCUGCACGUAGAGCUUGUCAUUCUGAUCAGUGUCGUUGAUGUGCGUCAUUGGAUGGGGCUUAUCUAAGAUGGUCCAGGCAUCAUAGCAAUUUGUCUCUUUUUCUGUAGCUUGCAUUCAUCAUAAAUCAUGCAGCAUGGUGAUAUUUGGGGGGAAAUUUUUAGGAAAAUAUGAUAGUAGUAUAUGAUUAUGUCUGAAAUUUUGCUUGAAGCACUUAAAAAUUGUUUGCAGUUCACUAUUCUCAGCACUUAGGUUUUACAAACAACAUUUUUUCAAAACAUCUUCAGCUGAACAUAACUCUCACAACAACCAUAGUGGAUCAGUCUUCGCAUCUAUUUUUAUUACAUGAAAUUUUGCAUAAAACAGUUUUUGCUAUUUACUUUCAACUUUUUAAAGUAUUUUGUUUAGUUUUGAGUUGAUAAAUAUUUCCUAAUAUGACAUCCAUGCAUCUUGAGUAAUGUGUACGUCAAGGCAUUUAGUACAACAUCCUAGUCAUAAAAUAUGUAAUGAUAUAUAAAUUUUACUCUACGAGUGAUUUCUGCAGUCCGUAUUUAAGAAUGACCAACAUUGUAAGUGAUCUUGAGGUUUAAAUGUUUUGAGUGUUGAUUCCUUUUCAAUGUUAUGCAUAUUUGUUUCAUGUCAAUGUUACAAAGUUUUUUCGGUUUCGGAGUGUUUUCUUCUGUCAGUUUAAGCAAUUGGUAACAACAAAUCUCAGAGUAGCCCCAAAGUAUUACACGUACACGUCCUGAAGGAUUUCUUACUCCUAGAAUGGCAACUCCAACCCACUACACAAUAGUGUGAAAGUAUUAUACUGGUUGAUACCUGGUGAAAAAAUACUACAGCUGUAUGUAUGUAUAUGUAGUUGCUGUGUGGUCUUUUAUUUUACAUCAUUAUUUUGUACACAACACAAUUCAAAUGAAAUCCAUAUUGUUGAUUGUUAUUAUACAUCAAUUACAGGUGGUUUGGUUGGUGAUAUUUAAAUUAUCGAAACAAAUUUCUUUGGAUAUGGUGUUGUUUGCUCAAGAUGAACUCCCAUUUUAUGCAGUAGUUCCUUUAGAAAAAAUUAAUUUGCAAGUGUUACAACUAGACUAGGAAUAUGUCUUGAAAAUAAAUUGUGUGCAGUAUAUGAUGAAGCUAGUAACACUGUUGGAUGAUUUGAGGUUACAUCUCUGGUACGACAGCUUAGAGGUCAUAUAGGGUGUCUGUGCUUGGUUUCAUGAUUGCAUCACCAGGGUUUAACAAUAUAGGCAAUGCAAUUGGGACAUCUAGUGCUACACCUCAAGUUGAUUUCAUAAUGAUCAGAAAUAUUAAUACAAAAUUAUCAUAGUAUACAAAUAAUAAAUUGUACUUGUUUCUGAUGUAGGUUUGUGUUGGCUUGGUCCUAGUUUUAUCAUUCAGCUUAUGUUUGUGUCCGCUGGAUUCCAGUUUUAUCAUUCGGCAUAUGUUUGUGUCAACUGGGUGCCAGUUUUAUCAUUCUGCAUAAGGUUUGUGUCAGCUUGGUCCCAGUUUUAUCAUUCUGCACAAGGUUUGUGUCGGCCGUAUCUUAAUUAGAAAAUUCUGGAGUAGCUAAGGUUUGUGUUAGCCUGGUUCUAGUAUAAUCAUUCAGUAGUAACUUUGUGUUGGCCAUGACCUAGCUUUAUCAUUCAGAAUUUGUUUGCGUUAGCUGUGUCUUAGUUUCAUCAUUGAGCACUAUCAUUCGACACAUUAUCAUUGUGUUUUUUGGUGUCAGCAGUGUUCCAACUUAAUCAUUUGGGGUAUGUUUGUGUUGGCUGUCCCAGCUCUGAGUGUGGUAUUACAGACUAAAUAAGUAUGCUGCAUGCUGUCAUUCAGUUUGUUAUUUAUUCUAUGAAAAAAGAAAGUGCUACCCACAAAGUAGAAUAUGUGUUAUUGUUGACUGUGUGAUCCUACCUAACUGUUGGUUGUUAAUGAUGUUAUUGUGAGAAACAUUGAAGUUUUAUUGGUUUUUUUAUACAUACACAAACAUGUUUAAAUAAGAUUUGCAAUUUCUGUAUGUUGCUGUAUAUUCUAUAGUAUUUAAGCAGUAAAUGAGCAGUAAGAUCUAUAUUUCUAUCACUUUUUGUCUGUUUCUAUCAACUCUCAGGUCAGACCUAGUUAACUAUGGCUGUUUUCUAUUGGUAGGCUCCAUCUUCCAAUACUUUGUGGUUCUGAACCUAAGUGUUUUUUUUACAUAUCCAUCAGUGACUUAGCACCAUUAUAGAGAGUUCCAUUUCACAUUUGAUUUACAAACUUUCAGAAUUGAUCACCAGCUAAACUAUGAUGAAAUUUAUAUACAAUACUCUUUAUUUGUAACCAUUUUAAUUACAGGUAUUUAACUGACCAGACCAGAAAAACUCUAGCAUGAAAUAUUCAAAUUAGAAGAUCAUAUUUUUUCUGAGGUAUAACCCUUCAGGUGUAUGUAAUGAAGUACAUAACCAUGUGUAAUUUGAUCUACCUGAAAUUUCAGUUGAAUAUUGACUUGCACACAAUCAACAUGAUCAGGAAAGGUGAACAUGACAGGUCUUUAUGACUAAACUAUACACUAAGUGUGGUUGGAAGAUGUUUCAGAAUCAUUGUUAUCAUAUUUAAAAUUUUAUUAAGGAACAUUUGUUUUUGUUGUUUUCUUGAGUUUACCAUUAUCAGGUCAAAACAAUCUCUUCAGUGUGAUUUUCAUUUGUUGUAAUUGGGGUUUUGUAGUAAAAUGUCACAAGGUAUAAAAAUGAGUUUAACUGUAUUAUACUGUAGACUAUCACUGCAUUUUCCAGUCUGUGAGACGUAGCAACAGAUUCUGUGGUAGGAUUUAUAUGUUGUUAAUCUUAAUUAAGAUAAAAGAAAUCAUCAGAACUUUGAACUAUCAUGUUUUGGAGAAAUCAUUUCUUAAUUGCAAUCUAUAAAAAAAAAACUGUACAGAUGAAGUAAGGUAUUUGUAAAUAUUGUGUGUAUCUUUGUGAUCAUCAUCUUAAUACUUCUGAUGUAGUAAAUCUUGGGAUUUUGACAUGCAUGAUCAUUGUGAAAGAAAAACUGGUUUUUUGAUAAAAUUGUAUAAGUCUAAAAUGACUUCUGACAGAAUGAUUUUUUUUAUAUAUAUAUAUAGAGAGAGAUAAUUAAAAAAAAUUGUAGAGUUUCUUUCAUUAUUAUUAUCAAGAUAAGACAUUUUAUUGUGAGGGUAUUGAUUAAAAGGUGUAUAUACUAUUUCGCUUCAGUACAGAUGUUUUGGUAAAGUACACCUAGUACUUGAUCCAGGGGGUGUUGUAACCCAAUAAUCAUUUGUAAAGUGAAGCUGGAAUAAAUCAUUAAAAAACUU